AUGUCUCACUUGAGUAAACACAAUCAUAAGGCACACGAAUUGAAAGUGUCGUACAUCUGUAAAGGUUACGGCGACUGUGCCAGUACUGUCGGACGUACCGAUUCAACGGCCAACACAUUGCAUAAUAACUCAACCGAUGAUGAUAUCGAGGUUAUAGCCGUCCACCCGGUGCUCACUUGUAAUACAAAUGAAAACCGAUUGCCAACACCGGAUGACAGUGGACCACGUGUUCCGUGCCCUUCAACGCCACCCACGUACACAAAACAAUAUAUUAAAUCGUUGAGGAAGUCGACGUCUGGUUUCUAUGACUGCGAGUGCGGACAAAGUUUUGCCAAAAAGCUAGCAAUUGCCGAAAAGAAUGCCUUAAGCAACAAGAUUUAG